GUUGGAUGCAGCGCUGAAAUGUGAUUGGUCGAUUCAGCGACAGACAGAGCUGCCGCUGAGGGUUGAGUCUAGCUCCAGUGAAGGUCCCACACCUUUCACAUGCUGCUGAUAACUCUUCCUCCUGCGGUUCAUUAACUUAGAUAGGCGCCCAUGUGUGCUUAUCUAAAUUACCGUCGGAGUUGGGAGGAACCUUCCGAGGCAGAUAUCUCCGUAUUUCAGUGACAGACAAGGCUUACAGGUGAUGUUUAUAUCUGCAGAGAAGCUUGGUAGUGAAUGUGCUAGUUGAAUGGCCUCUUCCGUUAGUUUUUCCAUCCGGCUAGGCUAUGCGCCGCGUAUGAAACGCGCAUGCGCAUAAUCUGCAGCGCACAUCGUUGUCGCGGAAAGAAGACGUACAGGGAUGGGUGAGGGAAGCGGUGAGGAUGGCGUUCUUACAAUUAACGGAAAAUGGUACUAUUUUGCAACUUUCGGCAUCGUGUUGCUGCUGUUACUGCUGACCCUGUUCUGCGUUACCUUCACCUUACUUUGCGCCGUCCUGCGACGCCUACGCGAACUCUCAAGAUCGUUUCAGGCUCUGCGGGAACCAGACGGAGCAGUUGCAAAGAUGCACACCGACUCAGUGUCUGGUGCGGCGAAUAAAGAACAGUCACAUUCAGAAGAGCCGCUCCCAGGAACAGAGUUUUCAAACACAGGAACCGACCCCAGCAACGUGGCAGACCUGUAUGCAACGGUCCCAGAGGAGCACCGGCAGAAAAAGAAGAUGGCAAAGCUCUGCAUCCAGCAGUACGAUGACAUUAAUCUCCUUCCGCUGGAGUCGAGGGAAUCAGGUGAGGGAGAAGACGAGUCAAAAGUAGUCGCGAGCAUCACGAUUGAGCGAGGAGUCAGUGAAGGGUACAGCCGGCUUUGCCACGCCGGACCUCGAAUGAACUCCUCCAAGAGGUUCGGUCACCCAUUCUCUACCAGCACCCCGCAGCUACUGGAUGACAGCAGCGAGAGGAAGGACAGCUUCAGCAGCAGUGUCAAAGGCAACAACAUGACCUAUUCCGAAGUUGAGCCUAUGCGACCACGUUCGACGCUGAUCGGUCCCACUGGAAUCACAGGGAGCUACUCAAUGAUUAAGCAAGGGGAAGACGGUACCCCACCUCCGCUGCCAGGUCGCAUCAACCAGUUGUUUUACUCCUCACCAACCGAGAGCGGAUUGCUAAAGGACACGAGGAGCUCGACUGAGAAAGUUGCCGAGGUUGAGAGCUCAGGCACCGAACCGCCAAUACCAUACCAGAAUAUUGACAGAUCUGGAGACCCUGCAAAGAUUGGGGCUGGUUACAGUAUGGUGGCUAACCCGGCCUCUCCACCCAGGAUCACCGAUGGAGAUUUCUUCGGUGAGGUAAUGGAGUUUCACAACCUCCAAGCAGUAGAAGGGAGUACCCAAGAUCAAUUGUAUGAAAAGGUGAAGUAGCUAUUACGGACUCCCUUGUCCUUUAAUUUCACAUGAAGUUUUACUCGUUGUAUAAUUAUUGGAGUGUAGCUAGCAAUAAUUUUAUAGCAGUUUGCAUUAAUUGCACACCUCAAACGUACACCUGACACAGUUUAUGUUCACGUGUGCACACACAUGAAGUUCAUUUUCACUAUAGUUAUUAUACUCUGACAGAAGAGUAUAUACCAGGAUCAAAGAAAUAAUAAUAUACAGACGUCAAUACGUUUAUAAAAAGUAUACUGCGACAGCUAUUUGUUUUUAUUUGGACUGCUUUUGAUGGCAAUGAAAGAUGAAGGCUUGUCAGCAGUGGAAGGUGGCACUUCAGGCACUUCCUGACUUGGUUUGUAGUAAUUGUGGACGACUGACGCCCCGAGAAGCAGAGAGACUAGCGCUGAGCCUGCGAAGCUCAGAUAGUAGCUCCAGCUCAUUCGAUACGGCAUGGCGAGCUUGGGGAAUGCUCUACGAAUUUGUAUCGGUGUCUACCGUUUCUUGGUUCUCCUUUCUCUCUGUAGCUCGCCGCUCGGCUUCUUUCCGCACUAGUGUGUCGUCUACAGAUAUGAGCAAUGCAGACGCAAUGGUGCGCAUCAAUUGGGGUAAACUCACAGAACGUCUCUUUCCCGACCUGGACGUGGAUCAUGAACCAUUCGACGCCGGCGCCUAUCGCAAAGAACAGUGGAAGAGUCCUGAACACGCCAAGAUUAGCAAACCAGGACAUUAUCUCCCUUCUCUAGCACGGACCGCAUCGCGGUGGUGGGUGUGGUCGUCGGAC